AUGCAGUGUCCAUUUAGGGUUGCAGCUGGAUGGAAGUACAAUGAAAGAACAUUUCAGAUAAAAUUUUGUAAUGAAAUGCAUCUGUGUGCUAGGAAUUAUCAUUUUGGUUCCUUAGUUACUAGCAAUAGGUUAGCCAAACACUACCUGAAAGAUGUCAUCAUGAAGCCCAAGAUGACAUUGCUAGAGAUGCAAGCAGAUGUGCUACAAAGGUUUUCAGUGAGUGUAUCUCUUGGGCAAUGCCAAAGAGCAAGGGCUACUGCAAUGGGGAUGAUAGAAGGGAAGUUAGAAGACCACUAUGCCAAGGUUUGGGACUAUGCGGCUGUAAUUAGGUUGAGUAAUCCGGGUACAACUUGUUUGGUGGGGGUAGAAAGUAAUCUGGGGUGUAACUAUUUCAAAAGGUUGUGGACAGUGGUGCCAAGUGGUGGUGAUGUGUUUGAGACUAGGUAUGGCUACAAUGGAUACAAGGUUGAUUUAGCCAAUCACACUUGCACCUGCAACUUGUGGAUGUUGUCGGGCAUACCAUGUGUGCAUAGUCAAGCUGCAAUCAAUUAUGUCCACAAAGAUCCAAGUCAAUUCCUUUCUUCUUGGUUCCACAAGGACAAAUAUGUUGCAACCUACAGUCAGAACAUGCAACCUGUAGGUGGAAGCAACUUGUGGCCAAUGACUGAGUUUAUUAAACAAUUACCACCCCAGUUAGAAGGAUGCCUAGAAGACCCAAAGACUGUGAGGUGUGGAAAGUGCCAACAACUUGGGCAUAAUAAGAUUUCAUGGACAAAUGAUGAGGUACCUAAGCCCCCUGUCCCAAAAAGGAGGAUUGGAAGACCUAGGAAAGAUGGGGGAGGCCAACCUAUCUUUGACCAAUUCCUUUCAGUUGAUCCUGCUAUACCAAGAAGUGAUGCUGCUCCUCCCCUAAUUUUAGAAUGUGGUGAUCAAGUUGGUGGGCCUGAUAUACCAAGAAGUGAUGUUACUCCUCCCCCAGUUUCAGAAUCUGGUAAUCAAGUAGGUGGUCCUAAUGUUAGUCCUAUGAAAAGGACUAAGAUGAUGGCAAGGAGAGGAGGGAAAACUAAAGUGUCUGGAUCAAGGAACAAAACACCAAAGAAAACACCUAAUGGUAAGAAACAUAAGAGUAAAGCAAAGGAGGAUGUGUCCCUAACCUGUGAUGAGGAUUUUGUUGAUCUUUUUACCCAUGCACCUACUGGUAAGCAAGGUAUGAGUCAAGCAAAAGAGGAUGUUCAGGAACAAGAACAUGAUGACAAUGAGGUGAAGGUGAGUGAAAGACUUACUUUACAGGAGUUGCUGAUGUCUGGAUAUACACAUGCUGAUGCAGUGGAUGCUAUGAAAGAGGUUUAUGGAAAGGUUGAGGAACAACAGAUUGAAGAAAAAGAGGCUGAGGAAGGAGUUGAAGAGGUUAAAGAAAAAGAGGCUGAGGAAGAAGAAGUUGAAGAGAGAGAGGUUAAGGAACAACUGAUUGAAGAAGGAGAGGUUGAUAAAGGAGUUGAAGAGAGAGAGGUUGAAGAAGAUGAAAUUGAAGGCAUACAGGUUGAGGAAGAAGAAGUUGAAGGCAUAGUGGUUGAGGAAGAAAGAGUUGAAGAGAGAGAGGUUGGAGCAAGAGUCCUAUCCUCCAGAAGAAGUUAUGGUGCUUAG